CCGUUUUGUUAUACUCAAUAUUUUGUAGUUGCAUGUUUUUUACGAGUUAUGUAGUAAGUUGUGAUAUGCAAAAGUUACGCGUAAAGUUUAAGAAUAUUAUUAUUGGAGUCGAGCGUGUCAACAAAUGUAACAUUUCGUGAGCACAGACUCGUGAUGGUGAAUGUUCGAUAAAAAACGAAAAAACGAUUUCAAACUUACUUAACCUCAAAGACCGGGCACAAUGUUUCAGGGGUGCAAAACCUUGUGUCUCGCAACUUUGCGACCACAGUCACAAGUGUACUCAAGAUGCAUCGGCUCAAUGUCAAAAUCCGAAGUGAUAAAGCGAAGAAACGAGAUAUUCGAUGAAGAGAAGAAGAGGCAGAGAGCAAAUGUUGGUAGAAUCGAGAAGAUAGAAGUAAAAUACUUAUCUCCCCAAACCGAAGCCACACUGGUGAUGAACAAAAACCUCUCAACACCACACGAUUGCACCAAACACAUAUCGGAAGGUGUAUCUUCAGUUGCAGCUUUAGCCAUGGUCGAUGGUAAGCCCUGGGAUGUGAACAGACCUUUGGUCAACGACUGUGAGUUAAAAAUUUUAUCCAUGAAUACUCCCGAGACGCCCGCAGUAAACAACGCUUUCUGGCGAACUUGCUCGCUCAUUCUUGGUUGUGUGGCGGAAUCCGCCUUCAAAGACAACAUCCAAGUUCACCUGCACAGCUUCGUGUAUCCGGUCAUCAGAUCCGGUAGUUUCACCUACGACGUUCACAUAGAUCUUCCAAAUUGGAAGCCGACGCGCUCUGAAUUGCAGGCCAUAUCUGCUCUUUUUGUCAAAGUCGUUCAAAAACAAUUGCUUUGCGAGCGAUUACAAGUUCCGCUGAGCGUGGCUUUGGACAUUUUCAAGGAAAAUCCGUUCAAAUCGAAGCAAAUACCGGACAUUGCGAGCAAGAAUGGCAGCUCGGUUGUUCUUUAUCGGAUAGGCGAUCACAUAGAUAUUAGCAAAGGUCCGAUGGUGGGCAAUACUGGCAUAAUUGGCCGGUGCACCGUAACCGCGAUUCACAAAUUGGAGUCCGAGGAUAGCGAUCGUCUUUAUCGAUUUCAAGGUGUCGCGAUACCCAGGGGUAUUCUAAUGAAUCACUUUGCGUAUGGACUUCUGGAGGAACGAGCCAAGAAGCUGAACCGGAUUAUGUGGUUACCUCAGUCGCUAGGAGAUGAGGAUUCUGGAGAUGAGUUAAAGGCUCACGUCUCGCAAUAAUUAAGUUUCUUUAAGUAACAUUGUGUAAAUAAAACUCGAGUACAGUCGACCAUGGAGUGUUUAUUAGCGAUGACCUUGGAUACAGCGUCUCUACGACAUUUUUCAAAGUCCCAGGCUCCGAGAUUUAGAGAUGCCGAGUUCAGUCUUUCAAGGGCUCAUUUGUUUUAGGGUAAACAUGGGUAUUUUCGACACCCUUCUAGUGAACGACACUGCAAUGAAAAUGCUUUUAUUAAAAUUUCAGAGAUAUAAAAUAGAUACUUGUAAAUUAAUUCUAUUAUACAUGUAAUUUAUAUUUCAAUAUUUAUUCAGUACAAAAAUACUCGAUUUAUAUUCAUUAAAUAACAUUUUUGUUGUCACCUACAGGACAUGUUGACACUAUACAAACUAGUAAUGUUAAUUUGAAAGUCUUCUGAAAGAAAAAAAGGUAUUUCUUAUUUUGUGGGACUUUCAGAGGUCAGAUGAUUAUGUUUUGAAAUAUAAUAAAAUAAAUAUUAGUCUCAAAUUUGAGUAGAUUGAAUAUAUUUAAAAUAUUUUUAUCUUACCUUCAAAACAAGUGAAAUAUCUCAGUGAUCGACACCCAACAAAAGGAAGUAUUAAGUAAAUUAUACUCAUUUUUCAUUGAUGUGCAUGUUUCUAUGAUUUCUAGUUGGCUUCUUCAUUCCUAGGACAUUGCCUCCUAAGAGUCUUUCAUGUUCAAUAUCUUUUUCAUUGAUUUGGAUUUCCGAACCUCAAAAAUCAAUCACCGACAUCCCGGAAUCCUUUUGACAAAUUCGUGAAUUGAUGAAAU